AUGCCCCACGCGCAACAUGUCGCAGUGGAACAACGCGUCCACUCCUUCUGUCUUCCCAACAGCGUCGCGCCCACCCGUCCCGAUCCAAAGAGUAUCAUCUGGGCUUCCUCCAACUCGAACGAUGGAGUUCUCUACCCCGCUGCGCCCGAUACCCCGCCUUCUCCGAACUCGUCUGGGUCGCCGCCGCAGGGACAGGCGAGUGUUGUCGCGAAUGGAAACGCGAGGACGAGGGCGUUCGAGCAUUUGGAUCACCUCAGUGCGCUUUGUGCUGAUAUCAAUGCUACCGGGAGUGUCCACGCGAGCUUCACGAUCGCUGAUCCGAGGGGUUCGGCGCUUGGGUAUCUCAAUGCUGCGUCUGUUGGACAGGGAAGGGGUCGGAUCAAUGUUACCGUUACGGGUCCGCAUAGUCAUACGUCGACUGCACGCGGUAUCUUUUUGCAACAGACGCCGAUCAAGAAUCAGGUUGUUGUUAAGGCGGAGUAUGACUUGGUUAUGGAUCCUGAUGCGAGUGCGAUGAAGUCUGAUGUCGAGACGGCGUUGGAGGAGUUGGCGUUGCAUGCUGGUGUGAGCAUUAUUCUCAUUCAGCACACGACGCCUGGAACUACGUCGACGUUCAAUGGAGCUCGUGCCGCGAGUGGAAGUCCGCCUCUUAACAAGGCUGGUCCGAACUUGAACUUCAUUCUGAGGGGUGACUUGGAGAGUUUGGAUUACGCCAAAGUUAGGGUCCAGGUUAUGUUGGAUGAGUUGGCUGGGUUGAAGGUUAUUCGUCUCCCGAUCGAGUUGCCGAUGCAGCCUCUCAUUGCUGGACGUAAGCGUAUGCAUGCUGCGACUAUCGAGCGCGAGUCCGGGACGCAGGUCUACAUCCCUACGCCGUUUGCUUCGGUGUUUGGUUACAGGAACCCGCAGAGUGGACCCCGUAACCCGCAUGAGGUUCUGAUCACGGGCGAGUUCGCACAUGUCUUCCAGGCGAGGGAGAUGUUGCAGGUCAAAGAACGCUCGAUCCAGCUCUACACUAAAGACAUCAUCAUGAUCCCUGAAAAAAUCGAUUGGCUCCUUCUCGAGAAGUUGUCCGAGGUUCGCAACAUCAUGCAGCAAAACGCAACGUUCAUCGCAAUUCCGACGUUGGGUAGUCACCAAAGUUUGUUGAGGAUCCAUGGAACGAGUUUGGUGUUGAUUGAGAGGACGAUUAGGUCUUUGAAUGCAUUGAUUUGUGCGUUUUAUACGGCGCAGGUGUGGGUUUUGCCGUUGGAUGGGAAUGAGAAGGAGCCCACUAUGCAGACGCUUCGGCAGAACGUUUCGGAGAUUUCGGGGACUUCGGGUGCGGAGUUGUCGUUCCGCAAUAACUGCUUCGAGGUCCAUGGUGCGGAGGAGGCUGUCCGUGCUGCGGUCAUGAUGAUCAACAACCUCGGUUGGGUCCAGAAACGACAGGUUCAGUGUCGUAUCCGUUUGGAGUUGAGCAACGAACACCGCGAGUUCAUCUCUGGCAAGAAGAACGGGAAGAUUAAUAAGGUUAUGAAGGAGGCUCAUGUGCAUAUCAAGUUUGAGCCUUUUACGGAGUACAACUUCAUUAUUGACCUUAUUUCUCAGGGGGUUCAGAGGGCUCUUGAUGGGUUGACGAUGUUGCAGGCUGAACUGCCGGCUGAGAUUUCUUUCUUUGUCCCUGAGGCGUAUCAUAAACGCAUUAUUGGCGUCGGGGGAAAGAAUAUCCAGAGGAUUAUGAAGCAGUAUGGGGUUUAUGUCAAGUUUUCGAAUGCGCUCGAGUUUGCCGCGCUCGGUGGGUACUUUGAUAAUGAUGACAACGUUGUCGCGCGUACGCCCUCGAAGAACGCUGUCGCGCUCGAGGAAUUGAAGGCGUCGAUUAUGGAGCUCGUGUCGUCGAGGGAUAAGGAUUAUAUCACGGAGACUAUCAAUAUCCCCCGUGGGCUUCACAGGAUGUUGAAUCACGAGUACAGGAUCAAGGUGUUGGAUAUCUCGGAAAAGACGAACUGUGGGAUAAAGUUCCCGGAUGAGAGGAGUGGGAGUGAUAUCGUCCAGAUCACUGGUCCCGAGAGUCAGGUUCCGCUUUGCAUCCAGAUGUUGCUUGAGCUCGUGCCGGAGGAGUAUCAGCUCCGUGUGCCGCAGUCUCAAUCGCUUCAAGAGGUUAUUACGCAGCCCCAGUUCAGAAGUCAGGUUGUUGAUACGAUGAGGAGGAACUUCAACAUUGAUUGUAUUGUUCAUCCCUCUCCUGACCGCGUCAAGGGCUCUGCUGGCCCCGGUAGCGGUGGAAGCUCGGGUAACUUCCACACCUUCAUCCUCCGUUACUCUCGUGGCACCUCCGAGCACCUCGGCGAUGCGAUCCAGCUCGUUCACCAUUACCUCAUGGCGCACAACAUCCAGGUCUUUGGACAACCCGUCCAACAGUCGCCCACGAACGACUCCUUCUCGGAUUCGUUGCAGUACUUCAACAGCAAGCUCUUGCCGCUUGGUACUGGGGUGCAGAACGGAACGCCUGGAUGGUAG